AUGCCCCAAUUAUUACCCGCCCCAUGAUUUUUAGUGUUUAUAUUAACAUGAAUUAUUAUCAUCACACUAGCACCCAAAAAAAUCUUAUCCCACCUAUUUCUUAAUGAGCCCGCUUCAAAAUUAACAAAAACCCUUAAGCACACUUGAACUUGAUUAUGAUAA